UCAAAGUCAGAAACCCAACAUCCAACAUAACCUUAUUUUACUCUGAGAUUGUUUUCACGCUUCUUUUGAGAUGAUUUAAAAAAUAAAAUGUUUUAAAUAUUUACUUUUCUAAACAAUUAGUGUUUUUAUUUCUUUCAAGUGUUAACUAUCGAAAAUGGAUCCCUCUUUAUUAACAGAAGAGGAGCUCUUUGCUGAUAUAGAUAGUGAAGAAGAGCGAAUUAAAAACCUGACGAUUCAGGAUAUUGCCGAAAACGAUUCAUUUUCUGAAGAAAGUUACGAUUAUAGCGACGACGAAUAUUUUGGCGAAGAUUGGCGUGUAAACGCCAACAAUAGUUAUAGUGGACGAAACAAUUCAAAUCAACAACAGUCCUCUAACAAAAUCAGUACGUUUCAACCAUCAGACAACUUGUUCAAAAAGUACUCCAAUAAAAUUAACGUAGAAAAGUUCGAAGUGUCGACCUUAUCUAAUAAUGCCGUUAGUCACUUAUUAAUGAACGAAAAGAAAAUGGACAGUGAUAGGAAAAGAACUAAAGAUAAACACGAUAGAGCAACUGUAGAACAGGUUAUGGAUCCACGUACAAGAAUGAUUUUGUUUAAGAUCCUUAACAGGGGAAUUGUUGCGGAAGUGAACGGUUGCAUUUCAACAGGAAAGGAAGCUAAUGUGUAUUUUGCCCCUUCCAAAAAUGGGACAGAUUACGCAAUUAAAAUUUAUAAAACAUCCAUACUUGUCUUUAAAGAUAGAGAUAAAUAUGUCACGGGAGAAUUUAGAUUUCGACAUGGCUAUUGUAGAAGCAAUCCUAGAAAAAUGGUACGAACGUGGGCAGAAAAAGAAAUGAGAAAUUUGGUUAGAAUGUACACUUCUGGAAUAAAUGUACCUGAACCAGUUUUAUUACGAUCCCACGUAUUAGUUAUGUCUUUUAUUGGAAAAGAUCGAUGGCCAGCUCCUAAAUUAAAAGAUGUCGAACUAACCCAAUCAAAAGCCAGAGAGCUAUACAGAGAUACAGUAAUAAUAAUGUGGAAGAUUUAUAAUAAAUGCAAACUUGUCCAUGCAGACUUGUCUGAGUUUAACAUGUUAUAUCAUAACGGUGAAAUUUACAUAAUUGACGUUUCACAAAGUGUGGAGCAUGAUCAUCCUCAUGCUCUGGAAUUUCUAAGAAAAGAUUGUACUAACAUUACGGAUUUCUUUAAGAAAAAAGGUGUAGCUGUCAUGGGUAUUAAGGAUUUGUUUGAUUUUAUAACAGACCCAUCAAUAAGCGAUGAUAAUUUAGAAGACUGUUUGACUAAACUCUCCGAAAAUGCUGCAAUGAAAACUGAGUUAUCAUCAAAUGAACAGGUUGAUGAGGAAGUAUUUAAGCAAGCUUAUAUACCACAAAGGCUGACAGAAGUAAUAGAUUUUGAAAGAGACAUUAAUCAAGCUAAACAAGGUUUAGUUAAUGAUUUAAUUUAUAAAACACUAGUAGGAUUAAAAUCCGAUUUAAGUGGUACAGUUCAACAACCGGAAAUCCUUAAAAUUGAAAGUGAUACUGUUGAGCAGAAUAAUUCGUCAGAUACAUGUAUAAGUGAUGAUGAUAGUUCUAAUGAAGAUGAUUUACAAGAGAAAGGAAGAUUUGUGGAUUCCUCAAGACCUAAACACGAAACAUUAGAGGAGAAGAAAGCUAGGAAGAAGGCAGUCAAAAUGGCACAGGCAGAUAAAAGAAAAACCAAAGUUAAAAAAUAUGUUAAAAAAAGGAAAGAGAAGGCUACUAAGAAAUAAUUUGUUUUAUUAUUGAUAUCAUAUGUGAUAUGUGAAUAAUAAAUCAUUUUUAUUUA